AGGAACUCAAUCCAGCCAGGUCUUCCCAGAGCUGAAACCUGGGCCCCUCUCACCCCUUCAGGAGCCCCCCCCCCCCACCAGGGCCCUCCGAUGCCAAGUAGCUGGAACUGCCAGGGAGGGGAAGCGGGGGAGGCAGAGGACAAAGCUGGAGGAGGCAUAGGUGGACAGUAGGAAGGACCUGGCCCAUGCUCUGCCAGGCUUGCCGCUCCCGUCCCUGUCUCCCUAGCCCCAUCUGUGUACCCAGGAGGCUGGCCUGGGUGGUCGCUCCUGAUAGGAAUGGACAAGAGCAAGGGACCCUCAGACUCCAGAACGCCCUAGCUAGGGGUCCCCUUGCUGGAGAGGGACUUUUUCCACCACAGGGACCCCGCGCGGAGCCUGGAGCAGGGGCCAGAGGGGCCAGAAACGCCCAUCCAGGUGGUACUCAGAGUGCGUCCCAUGAGCGCGGCGGAGCUGCGUCGAGGGGAACAGAGCGCGCUGCACUGCUCGGGGACCCGGACUCUGCAAGUGAGCCCCCCCGGCGGCGGCCCCGACGUGGCGUUCCGCUUCGGCGCCGUGCUGGACGGGGCGCGCACGCAGGAGGACGUGUUCCGGGCGUGCGGCGUGCGGCGUCUGGGCGAGCUGGCGCUGCGCGGGGCGAGGGGGUGCCCGUACCCCCCAACCUAGCCGGCAUCAUGCAGAGGACCUUCGCUUGGCUGUUAGACCGGGUGCGGCACCUGGGAGCCCCUGUCACCCUCCGCGCCUCCUAUUUGGAGAUCUACAAUGAGCAGGUUCGAGACCUACUGAGCCUGGGAGCUCCCCGGCCUCUCCCUGUUCGCUGGAAUAAGACCCAGGGCUUCUAUGUGGAGCAGCUGCGAGUGGUGGAGUUCGGGAGUCUGGGGGCCCUGAUGGAACUGAUGCAAAUGGCAAACCACAUCCCUCUGCCCCUUCGGACCUCCAGAUCCUUCCAGUUUGUUGAAGGUCUUAGCCGUCGACGGAGCUCAGCUCACAGCCUGAACCAGGCCUCCAGCCGAAGCCAUGCCCUGCUCACGCUCUACAUCAGCCGCCAAACCGUCACUGCAUCUCCCUGUUACUGGACCCACAGCGGAAGCAGAGCCACAUCCCCUUCCGGGACAGCAAGCUCACCAAGCUGCUGGCGGACUCGCUGGGGGGACACGGGGUCACCCUCAUGGUAUCUGAGAAGGGCUGGCAGGGAGGGAUGGCUCCUGAGGGAGAGGGUCCCAGAGAGGAAGGAACGCUCAGCGGCAGCCCUCCCCAGGUGGCCUGCGUGUCCCCUUCAGUCCAGUGCCUUCCCGAGACUCUCAGCACCCUGCGAUAUGCAAGCCGAGCUCAGCGGGUCACCACUCGGCCACAGGCCCCCAAGGGCAGGGUGCCUCCUCCGGGUGGAUGUCGCCUUGUGCCAGGAUGCAAGGCUGGCACGUGAAGCAUGGGCUAGAUAUCAGGCUCUGCUCACCGCCCCUGGAAGCGCUUGUACAGUGCACAACUUGAACAGCCAUAAACAGCAGUUCUGGGCCUCUUUCUGGGCAGUCACCUGUGGCAAAGCAGCCCCGGCGUUUGGAGAGGGAGAUACUGCAGCUCCAGGAGGAGAACCGCUGCCUGCGGCCCCACCUGGGCCAAGUACACCCCAAGGGUAUGAGCUCCCCAGGGGCAGGGGUGCGGUGUGGCUGGGGCUCCCAUGGAUCCAGCCACCGUGCCCUUCCCCCCCGACAGCCUCAGGGCUCAGUGGGGCCCGGGUGGCCUGGGCCCAGCGGAACCUCUAUGGGAUGCUGCAGGAGUUCAUGCUGGAGAAUGAGAGGCUCCGGAAAGAAAAGAGCCAGCUGCAGAGUAGCCGGGACCAGGCCCGGGAUGAGCAGCGGGUCCUGGCCCAGCAGGUGCACGAGCUGGAGCGGCGCCUCCUCUGUGCCUGCUCCCUUCACCUGCCAAACCCCGGCCCAGCCCCACCGUGUCCCUGUGUGAUGGCACCAGCUCGCCCCUGCCACGCCCUGCCGCCCCUCUGCUCCUGCCCCUGCUGUCACCUGUGCCCCUUGUGCCGAGCACCAUUGGCCCACUGGGCCUGCCCACACAGGGGGCUCCAGCUGCCACAGGUGUUUGGCCCUAAGACCCCAGGUGGCCUGGCUCUGUCUGCCCAGCCCCCACCCUGGGCACCCCCAUGCAAUCCUGACUCUGCCGAGUUCCCGAGAGAGAGGAGUCAUAGCGACUGGACUAGGACCCGAGUCCUGGCGGAGAUGUUGAUGCGAGAGGAGGUGGUGCCCUCUGCACCGCCCCUGCCCAUGGGGCCUCCAGAUGCGUCACCAGUGCUGAGAGGCGGGGCUGCAGUUCCAAACCUGGCCCGGAGACUGGAGGCCCUCAGAGACCAGAUUGGCAGCUCCCUGCGACGCGGCCGGAGCCAGCCACCCCCCAGCGAGGGUACACGGAGCCCCAGCCGAGUCCUCCCUCCUUGCUGAGGGCAGAACACACCUCAGAGACCCCUGUGUGACCCUGGUCUGGGCUCUGCGCUCCUGGGUUUCAACCUCCCCAUCUGUGAAAUGGGAACAACGGCUGCCGCUUCCCUCUGCGACUGAGCUGGGCAGGGGAGAAAUCCUCAGGGCUGUGGGUGGGGGCUGUGGGGCAGUUUGGGGGAGCAAGGGGAGGGUGCCACCCCAGACUGUGAGAAAUGUGACUGGAUCUUCGAGAAACCAGGUUGCAGGUAGUGAAAUAGACGAAUAAAGAGAGGUGUCCGCUCCAAGACUGGUCAGUCAUGUCUCCGGGUGGCCAGGCACUUCCGCGUGGGGGGUCACAGAGAAGAGGGGUUCUCAAGGGAAUCUGAGGAGGAGGCAAGGACUCGUGGCAGAGGGGUGUGCCCCCUCUGAUCAGGAAUAUUCCAGGUUCCCAUCCCCUUCAUAUACAAGUUUUAAUUGAGCUGCUACUACAUGCUGCUGGGCAGAUGUGGGGAAAUCGGAUGGUGAGUGUCUCCACGAAGGAGGCCUGAGGGACACUGGUUCAGGCUCACUCGGCUGUGUAUGUGCCGGUGCUGGAGGGAUCCUGAGGUCUGAGUUCUGAUGCCACAGACUUGCUGAGACCUUGGGCAGACCCUGAACCCUCCUUGGAUCGCUUUCUGGUGUUCAGCCAGUUAGAUGGGGCGUGAAGCUCCUUGUCUGUUGAGUUCAAGUGCAGGUUAGGAAGUGAAGGGUAUCAGGAUUCCUGGCAUAAGUACUCAGUAGGAUGCAAAGGGGCUCCAGUUAGGGGGAAAUCCAUUUUAUAGUUAGGGAAACUGAGACCCACAGGGCUCAUUCCUUCCUUUGUUUGUUCAUUCAUUCAUUCAUUCAUUCAGCACCACUGGCCUCAAGGCAAAUCAAGGUGGUGAACAGGACUGACAAGGGAUAAGCCGGCGUUGCCCAGGAAGCUCACAGGGGCCAGAUGAAAGGCAGGACGUGUGACUGGGCAUUAAGGGUGUUCAACAGUGGAGAGUUAGUGGAAGGCCAGCAUUCACGGAGGCAGAGUCCAGGACGGGGGGUAAUAACCAGAUGCCACAGACCCACCGGGCUCCGCAGGGGGGGCCGUGGCUAAGUUCACGCAUAGCACCACACACGUUCAAAUCUCGCCUCCUCACUUAACCACGAGUAAUCCUGGGCAAAUGACUUCAUUGCCCUGAGCCCGAGUUGUCUUAUCAGCAGAAUGAACACGAUAAUAGGACCUCCUCUCUGGACGGUCCUGGGGAUUAAGUCCCCUGAGAGAUGGCAAGAGUAACAGCACAAGGCUUUGCCUGUUGCAGAGCACUUAGCCGAAAGCAACUUUCAGUCACUAUGGUCAUUUGAUGAGAUGGACACCCUGGGUUUGGAAAAAAAUUCGUUCAACGAAUACCUACCAAGAACCCACUUUGGGCCAGCCUUGAACAAAGCAUGAGAAUCCUUACCUUCAUAGAACACAGGAAACAAGAAAGUGGGCAAAAAUGCGUGGGAACUCGGUGAUCAGUACCAUGGAGCACAAUAUAGCCGGGAGGGCCCUCUACCAGACUGGGUGCCGUUCUAAAAAGGGGGAUCAGGAAGGGGCUCAUGCAGGGAACAUUCAUGCAGAGACCUGAAGGGGGGCAGGAAGGUGAACCUGGUUAAUGCCAUGAAGUCACUUUUCUCUACUCUAGGUAAUUUUGGUGCCACCUCGGCCCCGGGUGGCUCGGCAGGUUUGAGCCCGGGGUUCCUCCCCUCCCCAGAGCCCUUAUCUCACUCACUGUAUCAUCGGGGCCUGCUUGCUGGGAGGCCUUCAGCCCCAGGCGGGGAAGGCCCCUGGCACUGAGCAUGAGAACCUUCCUCAGCUGCCUUGGGAGGGUGGACAGGGACCACCCAGGGGGACCCUGGCUGUUGCUGGUUCAUUCAUGUUUGGAUGAUUCCUCCUCCUGCUGGAGCCAGCCGCGGUUUUCCAGUCUCCUAGUCCAGCAACCCCCGCACUUCACUUUCCCAGAAAUAGGCUCAAGGGGACCAGUGUCCAGCACCCCAUCGAAUAGGCCACGUAUCCAUCUCUCGGUCAAUAUCCUCACUCUAGAACUACCACUUGUCCAGAAUCCCGAAACCCGGGAGGAAUUUCAGAGGACCCCAGUGAUGUAUCCAGACACUUCACGUCCAGGGGUCCUUACUGAGAGCUUGAGGACUCCAGAGGGCACCUCUGGAACCCUGAAAGCUAUAGGCCUUCCUCAGGAUGCUAGAAUUUGGGGGCGGUUCUCUGGCUCCAUGAAAUAGGGUAGUCAUUGUCCAGAAGCUUAGAAGGUCUCUGGUACAUCAGAAUUGAGAGAAGCUCUUGGAAACCCUGAAGCACUGUAGGAAUUUUCCAGAAUCCCAAAUCCUUAAAUGACCCCUUGGAAAUUUUAAAACUUUGUGUAGAAAUUGGGAGGGAUUCUCUGGACUCAUCGGCUUGGGGUGGAGAUGUUCAGCAGAACUGGCAAACCUAGAGACCAGUCUAGAUGUCUGGAGCCCUGGUUGAAUUCUCCAGGUCCUUGGGGACCCCACCUGUCAGCCAGUGUGGGAACAGGAGCAUGGCUGGAGGCAUCACUGGAGGACAGGCUUUAGGAAGAACAUGCCUGUGGGUCCUUGUGUUUCAAAGGCCGUGAGAUCUCCUCUGGGCGAUCCACCCCAAGAUAGACCCCGAAAGGUGCAGAAGGCCUGAGAGAGUGUGAACGGCUUCUCACUCCUGUGUCUGUCUGCUUUGGCCACACCAGCCUCCCAUCACCUCCCAGAUGCGUCCUGCCUUGUCUCAGGGUCUUUCUUCCCUUUGUCUAAUGACACAUUUUCCCCAUGCGGUUUUGUAACAGCAGGUUGAUUUCGGCCCCUGUGAGGAGGGAUAUUUUGUGUUCCUGUAGGUGACUUUUUCCAUCGUCCUCUCCUUGUUGAGCUUCGAAAGAUUCCUCUUCUUUUGUUUUAAUGGUGGGGCAGGGCUGUGCAGGUGGGGGCGGUCUGGCUAUGAGACGAAGAGUGGCAGCCACUGGGAGUUGUAGACAGGCCACGAGCUGGCUCAGGACCAGGACGGGAGUCAGGAGACGGGGUUUGCAAGCCUGCUGUGCAGCAGACCUACUGUGUGAGCCACACGAGCCCCGCCCUGGCCAUCGCUGGCAUCUGCACUGGCGGGCCGGCAAGGAGGCCCUUUGCAGGUUGGCCAGCAGGUGUUGUCCCCGGGAGCCUUCAUUCAGCCCGGGGCUCUGAUCACACGGUCUCUCACUGGUCACCUUUACUAGGUCCUGCUUCAAGGCCGGGCCUGCUUUACCGGUGGCCAGGGUGGAGGUCCGGGCGGUCUCCAGGCUGCUGAGCAUUGGGCAAACCCAGCCCCUCUCUCCACUCCAGUCUGCCCAACUCGCAGCUGUGAGAGCCUGGGCAAGGUGGGUGACCUCUCUGGACCUCAGUCUCCUCCUCUGUAAAGUGGGGAUAAGAUUGAUUUAUCCAGUGAGAAGUUAAUGAGUGCUCAUAGAGGAAAUGAUAGGAGGACUAAACGAAUCCAUAUAAACUGGGACAGAGCUCGGCACAUGGUCAGUGCUAUGUAAAUGCUAACGAUUAUUACCGUUAUUAUUAAUAGUGGGUGCUCUCGGCACAAACAUGCAACGUUCCUGUACUUGCAGGAGAGGAAUUGUGUCAAUAUCUGCUCUCUGGUUAUUUCAGACUCGUGAACUUGUUGAUAUUCGUUCUCCUGCCACCUUCUUACAAGGUGACCGAUUCUUCUCACGUGGAUUCUUGUAGGGAGAGGGUGGCCAUUCAGGACCGUUGCCCAGUGCCAGAGCCGGGGAGGAGUCCUUGUUGCCCCUUCCCGGGGGGAAUUGAGAGAGAUUCAUUCGUCUUCAUUGAGCAAGGGCCAGAUGGACUUUCCAGAGUUCAGCUUGCCUCGAGGUUUCGGAAGAGAGCUAUUUUAGUCCAUCUGAGGACAUUGGGUGACAUCAGCUCAGUCAGCCGGGAGUCAGGGCAGGUCCCUGGAGGUCCUGCUUUAAUGGACAGAUAAGACCAGCCUCCAAAGAGCAGGAAAAUGCCUGUAUCCUCUUCCUGGACACGGGCAGGUCUUUGGAAGUUCACUCCUUUGGGAAAACCCUUUCUUCAGUGGGCAGUGGGCCACAAAGUGUCCCCUGGACCUCAAGGACACUCAGCUCCAAAGUGUCUCACUUUGUGAGCCACUUCUCCAGGCUAAGCCCACCUCCUCCACAAACAGGAAGCUAGGCUGACAACAUCCGAGGGCUCCCUUCCCUCCGCUCUCUUCAUGGAGCGAGAACACCACGUGUCCCCUAUUAUUUAAUCUCCCACACCCCGUGAGCUCUGAUCAACCCCAUUUAACGGAGGGAAAAACUCAGGUCCAGAAAGGUGAAGUCACUUAGGACCGAGCAGGGAGGAAGGGGGCGCAGCCGUGACCGGAACCCAGGUCUGUCUGGGAGCACAGUUCACCUGCUUGACCACCACUCUGCUAA